AUGCGGCACCACCUCAUCUUCCUCCCAGUCCUACUCAACCUCCUCCUCCUAUUCACCUCCACCUCCACCACCACCGCCUCCUCUUCCAUCAACACAGAGGCCGCCUUCCUCUCCUCAUGGCUGGCCACAUCGCCGUCCCGGCCGCCGGACUGGUCCCUGGCGGCGUCGGCGUCCCCGUGCAAGUGGUCGCACGUCGGGUGCGCCGGCGCCGGAACCUCCGUCACGUCGCUCACCUUCCAGUCCAUCCACCUCGCCGUGCCGCUUCCCGCCGGCCUCUGCGCCGCGCUGCCAGGGCUCGUCAGCCUCGUCGUCUCUGACUCCAACCUCACCGGCGGCGUGCCAGAUGACCUGGCCACGUGCCGCCGCCUCGCCACGCUUGACCUCAGCAGCAACUCCCUCUCGGGCCCUAUCCCCGCGUCGAUCGGCGACGCGUCGGCGCUUGAGUCUUUGAUCCUUAACUCCAACCAGCUCUCCGGUACGAUUCCAGAGGAGCUCGGCGGCCUCGCGGGGUCUUUGAAAAACCUGCUGCUCUUCGACAACCGGCUCACCGGCGAGCUCCCGGCGUCGCUCGGCGGGCUGCGGCUGCUCGAGUCCCUCCGCGCAGGCGGCAACCACGAACUCACCGGCCCGAUCCCCGACUCCUUCUCCAAGCUGUCGAACCUCGCCGUGCUCGGUCUCGCCGACACCAAGAUUUCCGGUGCGCUCCCGCCGUCGCUAGGCCAGCUUAAAAACCUGCAGACGUUGUCCGUUUACACCGCCGCGCUCUCCGGCCCCAUCCCGCCGGAGCUCGCGGGGUGUGGCAACCUCACUGAGGUGUACCUCUACGAGAACGCCCUCUCCGGUCCGCUCCCGCAAGAGCUGGGCGCGCUGACACGCCUGCAGAAGCUGCUGCUGUGGCAGAACGCGCUGACGGGCCCCAUCCCGGACAGCUUCGGCAACCUCACGCAGCUCGUCUCACUCGACAUCUCCAUCAACUCCAUCUCGGGCGCCAUCCCGGCGUCGCUCGGCCAGCUGCCGGCGCUGCAGGACCUCAUGCUCAGCGACAACAACCUCACCGGCACCAUCCCAGUGCAGCUCGCUAACGCGACGGCGCUCGUGCAGCUGCAGCUCGACACCAACGAGCUCUCCGGCCUCAUCCCGCCAGAGCUCGGCCGGGGCCUGUCCAGCCUGCAGGUGUUGUUCGCGUGGCAGAACCACCUCGAGGGCGCCAUCCCGGCCACGCUCGCGUCCAUGUCCAGCCUCCAGGCGCUCGACCUCUCGCACAAUCGCCUCACUGGCGUCAUACCGCCGGGGCUCUUCUUGCUGCGCAACCUCACCAAGCUGCUCCUCCUCUCAAACGACCUCUCCGGCGUUAUACCGCAGGAGAUUGGGAAGGCGGCGAGCCUCGUGCGGCUUAGGCUCGGCGGCAACCGAAUCGCUGGGGAGAUCCCCGCCGCCGUGGGCGGGAUGAAGAGCAUCGUGUUCCUCGACCUUGGCAGCAACCGCCUCGCAGGCGCCGUGCCCGCACAGCUCGGCGACUGCUCGCAGCUCCAGAUGCUCGACCUGAGCAACAACACGCUCACCGGGUCCCUGCCAGAGUCGCUCGCUGGCGUGCACGGUCUGCAAGAGAUCGACGUCUCACACAACCAGCUGAUCGGCGCCGUGCCGGACGCGUUCGGGAGGCUGGGGGCGCUAAGCCGUCUUGUCCUCGCCGGCAACAGGCUGUCGGGGACGAUACCGGCGGCGCUCGGGCGGUGCAGCGCUCUGGAACUCCUUGACCUCAGCGACAACCGCCUCUCCGGCGGCAUCCCCGACGAGCUCUGCAGCCUCACCGGCCUCGACAUCGCCCUGAAUCUGAGCCGUAACGGCCUCACCGGCACGAUUCCGGCGAGGAUAUCAGAGCUGAGCAAGCUGUCCGUGCUCGACCUGUCCUACAACGCGCUCGCGGGCGGCCUCACGUCGCUCGCCGGGCUGGACAACCUGGUGACCCUGAACGUGUCUCACAACAACCUCUCGGGGUACCUCCCCGACACAAAGCUCUUCCGGGAGCUCACGCCAUCCAGCCUCGCCGGCAACGCUGGGCUGUGCACCAAAGGCGGCGACGUGUGCUUCGUCGGCGUGGAUGGGAGGACGAGUGCGAGCAACGGCGAGGGGCAGCGCGCGCAUCGGCUGAAGCUCGCCAUCGCGCUGUUGGUGACGGCGACGGUGGCGAUGGUGCUCGGGAUAAUCGGCAUACUGAGAGCUCGCAGGAUGGGCGGGAAAGGUGACGGUGGGGGCGGGGGCGGGAGCAGCGACUCGGAGGCGGGCAGCGGUGGUGACCUGAGGUGGCCGUGGCAGUUCACGCCAUUCCAGAAGGUGAGCUUCUCGGUGGACCAGGUGGUGCGCAGCCUCGUGGACGCCAACAUCAUUGGCAAGGGCGUCUCCGGCGUGGUGUACCGCGUGAGCCUCGACUCCGGCGAGACCAUCGCCGUGAAGAAGCUCUGGCCCGCCACCACUGCUGCCGCCGCCGCGUCCAAGGACGCUGGCCGGGAUUCGUUCUCGGCGGAGGUACGCACGCUGGGCUCCAUCCGGCACAAGAACAUCGUGCGCUUCCUGGGCUGCUGCUGGAACCGGAGCACGCGGCUGCUCAUGUACGACUACAUGGCAAACGGCAGCCUCGGCGCCGUGCUCCACGAGCGCGGCGGAGGCGCGCAGCUGGAGUGGGACGUCCGGUACCGGAUUGUGCUCGGGUCUGCGCAGGGCCUCGCGUACCUCCACCACGGCUGCUCACCGCCGAUCGUCCACCGCGACAUUAAGGCGAACAACAUCCUUAUCGGACUUGACUUCGAGGCCUACAUCGCCGACUUCGGCCUCGCCAAGCUCGUCGACGACGUCGCCGCCGACUUCGGCCGCUCCUCCAACACCGUGGCCGGCUCCUACGGCUACAUUGCUCCCGAGUACGGGUACAUGCUGAAGAUCACUGCAAAGAGCGACGUGUACAGCUACGGGGUGGUGGUGCUGGAGGUGCUAACAGGGAAGCAGCCGAUCGACCCGACGAUCCCCGACGGACUGCACGUCGUGGACUGGGUGCGGCGGCACAAGGGCGGCCUCUCCGGCGUGCUCGACCCGGCGCUCCGGGGGCGGUCCGACGGGGAGGUGGAGGAGAUGCUGCAGGUCAUGGGCGUGGCCCUGCUCUGCGUCAGCCCGAUGCCCGACGAACGGCCGACGAUGAAGGACGUGGCCGCCAUGCUCAAGGAGAUCCGGCUCGAGCGGGAGGAGUACGCCAAGGUCGACGUGCUCCUGCUCAAGGGCGGCGGCAAUGGCGGGUCGCUGACGAACAAUGCCACAGUGCCGAAGGCGACGUCGACGUCUAGCACGCCGCCGUGCCGGCAGGGUCCCGGGAGCAGCACCUGCAACAGCAACAGCAGCAGUUUCUCUGCCGUCUACCCCUCGUCAAAGGCCAAAUCUCCAUUUGAUUGA